AUGCUGUAUUUUAAGGUGCUCGUGAGUUCGUAUGUAAAAGCAGAUUAUGGCUGCUCAAAAGACCUGAGCCAGACUGACAAAACAAGGAAGAUAUUCCUCGAUUUCCAUAACGAUGUUCGUCGCAACAUAUCUACCGGAAUUCAGCCGAAUAGACCGGUUUAUAGCCGGUUCCUCGGACCAGCUAAGAACAUGUACAAACUGGUAGCGUUGAAUUACGUAAACGGUAAGGAAGAGGAGGCCUUAGAAUUCGCUCAGAAAAAUUGGAUGAACCCCGUGAUGACGUAUGGAGUACCACCCAAUCGCAAGUUCUUCUACAGACUCGAAACUUUUGCCAACAUAGCGAAUCACAAAAAUAUGAAGCUUGGAUGUGCAUAUAAGGUCUGCGGCUCCGAGAUGCUGGUAUCCUGCAUUUAUGGCACUAAAAGAAUACCACCGAUGCAAGAGUUGUGGGAAAAUGGAAGAACCUGUGAGUGCGACGCUCAUCCCGACUCAUUUUGCUCGAACGGUAUUUGCGAAACUAACAUGGUGAUGAAACCUGAAACCAAAACAUCUACUAAGAAGCCCAGGCCACCAGUGGAGGGACCAGAUUCAUGCAAAGCCAAUACCGGAAUGACAGAUGACCUCAGAGAGAUUUUCCUCAAAAAACAUAACUACUACAGGUUAGCUGUGGUCGUGACGGAUGUGUAUGAUUGCGAAAUCGAAGCAAACGCACUGAGGCAUGCCGAGAAAUGCAGAUGGGGACAUUCCAUCAAAGCCGACAGAUUCGGUCUUGGUGAGAAUGUAUGGGCGAGCCUUCAACCGGAAAUGAAUAGGUCACUUGCAGCGGAAAUG